UCUGUGACUCGCAGUGGAACUCUCUCCGAGGGACUUUGAGACAGACUCAUCAUUCUGUCACAUCAAGUAGUCCUGACGGGGAUCUUCUUUUUAGAAACUUUUAUUUAUCAGCAAUAGACUUAUUUUUCCUAUGUGGUGGAUGAGAUAGGUAUCUUAGAUCUGCAGAACACAACAACACAGCAUGUGAAUUAGUUUGACUUUUUCUGAGCUAAAGAUGACCCCUCAACAAAGUGUUGGCCCCAAUUCCAAAGCAAACAGCAAUGAGUCAAGAAUUCAAGAGAAAGAGAAGAAAAUGAAAACGACGCUUCAGCGAGGACAGACUGGCCAGUCAGCCAUCGCUAAGGCAUUUGGGAAACCACGGGGCCACAACAGGGGUGCUGCCCAGGCCUCGACACCCAGAGCAGGGCAGGUCAAGAGCCUGAUGUCCCAGAUGUCAGAGUUUGUCAUGGAGGAGCGCGUGCAGCUAAGCACAGGCCGGCAGAUUCAGGAGAGACACUUGUUCCUCUUCAACGAUACCCUCAUCAUCGCAAAAUCAAAGUCAUCAUCAAGCCUGAAGCUGAAAGUAAGAGUGAGCCUGUGUGAGGUGUGGCUGUCGUUGUGUACGGACGAGGUUGCGGAGAGCAAAUUGAGCAACAAGCAGUCCUUCGUCAUCGGCUGGCCUGUCACUAAUUAUGUGGUGACCUUCAGCUCAUAUGAGAUAAAGGAGAAGUGGCUGUUAGCUUUACAAUGGCAAAUCAACAAAUCCAAAGAAGGGGAAUAUCCGAAUAAUGUCAACAUGAAAAUUGUUGUCAUGGACACGGGAAAGAGUGCAAUGGUGGCCGUGAAUGUGGACAGCAAGGAUGAUGUAAAUAAAAUCAUUAGGAUUGUCGCCCAACAGUUGGGUCUCUCAGGCCGGCCGGCUGACUACCGUCUUUGGGUCAUCCUGGGGAAAGAUGAAGCUCCACACCCCCUCAUCGGUCAUGAGCUUCCCUACAGCAUCAUCCUUCACUGCCUGAGGGAAAGUGCCGGCCUGCGAUCAACCAUCUCUACCAACCUGCCGACUGUGGAUGGCCGACUCUUCCUUGAUCAGCUGCUGAAAGAAGCAUCUGGUCAACGUUUCAUCCUGAGGGCCAAGUCCGUCAGUGGAGGUCAGGGAGGAACAGCACAUUCGUCUCAAAGACACGUAAAGAGGAAGAAGUCCCUGAUAGACUGGGCUCUGAGGCGGGGGUCUCCCUGCCCCUCACAAUCACUUUCUCAUUCCUCAGCUUCUUCUCAGAAGCUCUUCGGCCAGGGGCUGUCCUCCAUCUGUCACCAUGGAAACCUCCCCAGACCAAUUAUGGACAUGCUGUACCUGCUGUACCAAGAGGGAGCAAACACGACAGGGGUCUUCCGUCGCUCAGCCAACGCUAAAACAUGCCGUGAGCUGAAGGAGAAACUGAACUCGGGGGGCACUGUUCAGUUGGAAGGGGAGUCUGUGUUUGUGGCUGCAGCCGUCGUAACUGACUUUCUUCGUAACCUCCCUGGCAGUGUGCUUAGCUCUGGUCUCUACGGACAGUGGAUGGAGGCCUUGGAGGGUGUGGAUAAGAUUGAGAUGAUACAAAGGAUGCUGAGGAAGCUUCCGGCUGAUAACAUCACUCUGCUGCGCUACCUGUUUGGCCUUCUGUACCACAUUCAGGAACACUCACAACACAACCAGAUGAACGCCUUCAACCUGGCCCUGUGCAUCGCUCCCAACAUGUUGUGGCCCCCAGGACCCACUGCACCGGAAGAAGAGAGUCAGUCCACCAAGAAGGUUGCAGCUCUCAUACAGCUCCUCAUCGAAAAUACUCCAACCAUAUUUGGAGAUGAUGUUCAGAGGAUUUUUACUGAACCAAAGAUUGAAUCUGAAACAUCGAAAGAGUCUUGCCAGCAGCUCUACGGUCUAGACGACUGGGACCCAGAGAGGCCAGACACUUCUCCCUCCACAGAGAGAAAACCAGAUCUCGUGGCUCGAAGAAAACUGGUCUUGAAGAAGGAUAAAGAGCUCUUCGACUUCCUGGACGAGACUGACUUUUUGAAAAGGCCACACAUCAACGAGGAUGGCGCGUGUAGCUGGGAGAAUAUAAAGGAGAUGUCUGCCUGUUCCAGCAGCUCCUCCCUGGUGGGCCCCCGGGACCUCACCUCAGCCAGAGACCGUUGUGCCUCUGAACCCAGCGUGUGUCUGGGCUCCCCCCAGCUCCCUGCAAAGAUCCACAUCCCAGUGGCCCGCCAGUCCAGCUGUGAUGCUGCUAUGAUGUGUGGCCAGGACGCUCCCAUCCGUCCUGGUGAGGAGCUGAAGAGGGCCAACGGUUCGAAGCUUGUCAGCGGCCGGUCUACCUUCCUGCGCUCUCCACAGGCCGCCUCCAGGGGCUGGCACCACGCCCAGCGGUUACUGACCUCCAGCAGGUCGAGUGCCUCCAGCCUCUCGUCCACAGCCACCUCCCCUUCCGGCUCGUCUCUGAGCUCCAUAGACAGCGCCUUCUGCUCCGACUCGCUGUCUUUCCCCAGCGAAGGCAGCUCCCUGCCCUUCCUGUUUGGCUCCUCAGCACGCCUACGGCCCCUGACACCUGACACUCCAAAGAAGUUCCCGAAAGACUGGAGUGUUGCGUUCCCCAUGCCGGAGGAUUUGGAGUGGUGCAACGAGGAUGAUGAGGGGGAGGAAGAAGGUGUAGGAGAGACAGAGUUCUACCAGUCCACAUGCACUCAGAAUAGUAAGGAGCCUAAUCUUCUAUCGCCUAGUCUCUUCAAACUGAAAGGGAGACAAAAGCCUGACUUUCAUCUGACGGGAAGAGAGAGGGAGGACUCUCUCAGGAGGGGAGGAGAGCAGGUGCACUGGAAGGAGAAGAACGAAGCCCCUGUGACAUCAGACGAAACAUCAAUCGCUCACAUUCAACUGAAAAAAACAGCCAAUGUGGAGGUUGCUGGAAAAAACAACAGAGAGGAGGUGAAGAGGACCAAAAUAACAUUCCUCUCAGCUUCAAAUGCGACACUGGUGAGAAGCCAGUCCGACCACUUAGAAGCUGGCUGUGGAGUGUCUCUGGUGACCGACACAAGGGGAGAACGGCAAGAGGAUGUAGAGCUGCUGAGCAAAACAGUCAAGCUCCACAUUCCCCAAACUGUGUUCUACGGCCAGAACAGUUCCCUGGUUCUACAAUCUGUUUCAACCAGACAGCCUCCCAAUGCCAGAGAUGACAAAGUAGCAUUGUUCCAAACCAGUUUGGACCGUGGUGAUGUGACGUUAGGACAGCUGGGUGGAGGGAACCUCCCUCCACAGUUGUCCUCCAAAACCUUCACCAAGGCUACAAGCUCCAUCAGUCACACAAUUAGAAUUAAACUGCCGGCAACAGUCCGAAACACAGUCAGAGAGUACUUCAGUUACAGCGAUAGCAAGAGCUGCAACACUGAAGCAAAAGCGGUGGAAAAAGAACUGCUGCUGAGCAAACAGCAGUGGAAAAGUAGAAUGUUUGAUCAAAAAGAGAAACCUUCGAAGCUGUCGCAGGGAGAAGACUCCUUUGUGUAGAGGGUGAAAUUUGUGUUUUUAGGUGUGGCAUGGUUAUGAGAAGGUAAAUAGAAAAAAGGCGAUAAGAAAAAAUGUACAUUCCAGGUAUGAACAUAGAUCAAGAGGAGUCUAGAAGGUUCUUCUCGGUAGAAUAAACCAUUUAAGUUAGAUUUUAUGCCACUACAAAUCCGAGAUGAUUUGGCUCCCUGUGGUUCCAAUUCACGUUCCAAACAUAUCUUUUGUGAUGAAAGAUCAUGUAAAUGACAUGUGAAGUCAGUCAGAUUGAGCAUAUUUCAACAACACACCUUUACAGAUGUCAAUCUGAGAAAAUGACAACCAUUCUCCAGCAUUCACUACUGACACUGAAAGUCUUUUUGCAAGGGUAACACGGAACACAUAAUCAAACACUAUUAUGUAUACAGACCCAAAUAAAUUACAUUCACUGGAAAUAGUAGGGGAUUGAAUAGGUAGAUAAUACAUGACUUGUGUACAGGAAAUGUUCAUACUUAUAGGUCUCUGUAAAGGAAAUGUUCAAUACUUAUAGACCUACGUACAGGAAUACUAAGAACUAGGUUUUUAUUAGUUAACCUUAUUUAUAAACUCUGUGAAUACAUGUAUGUGACUUCCAACAUUUCAACUUUAUUUAAUUGUAAAUGAUGAAUCAAUCUAUUUACUAUAAGUAGUCAAAGAUGUUUGUUAACCCCAGAAGUAAAAGUGUUGUCCUCCUGUAUACAAGCAAACUGUUAUAACACUGCUUGAAGAGUAAAUCAUUAUGAACUUA